AUGGUACACAGCCACUAUGGUCCACAGCCACUAUGCGGUCAGUUUGCCAUCGUGAAGCGUUGCUGGGAGAAGAGCACAGGUCUGGAGUUCGCCGCUAAGUUCAUCAAGAAACGUCAGAGCAGAUCCAGCCGGCGGGGGGUCAGGAGGGAGGAGAUAGAGAGAGAGGUCAACAUCCUACAGCAGACACAACACGCCAACAUAGUCACCUUCCACGAUGUCUACGAGAACCUCACUGACGUGGUGCUCGUCCUGGAGCUGGUGUCAGGGGGAGAGCUGUUUGACUUCCUGGCCCAGAAGGAGUCUCUGAGUGAAGAAGAGGCAACUCAGUUUAUCAAACAGAUUCUGGAGGGGGUCCACUACCUACACUCUAGGAAGAUAGCACACUUUGACCUCAAGCCCUGUUAG